ACACCAGCUUAGUGUAUCUCCAGACGCCAGCGAGGAAAGGUGUUCUGCGCAUGGCUCCCGGUCGUCCACUGGCAUGCUCGCUGUCGACUACCGCUGUUGUUGAAGUCUAGCAUAAAGUAACUAACAGUCCUGAAGAAUCCUCAGCUGACUCUCUGCUUUGACUGUAGGCUUUUUGAUCAGUGUGAAAGAUUCUCAGGCGCGUGUAGCUCGUCAUUUUGAGUGCGAAAGGUUUUGUUGCUUAAAAGUGAGAACGUAGGAUUAAUAAUCUAAAAAAAAGUGUGCUACUGGACGAUAUGUAACGAGCUAUUAUUAUUGUCCCCCCCUCCCACCGCCCCCCCUUUUCCAGAUUCUGUUCCCCCCAAACUGUCGACUAUGUACCGCUGGACCUGCCUCCUACUCCUGUGGGCGGCGUGGGCGAGCUUCGUGGCGGUGUCUCACGCCCACAGGAGCCCCGCCCACCACGGUCACCCUCGGAACAACAACGAAGUCCUAGCUGCUCCUUCAGGAGCGCUGGUCGAAGGACUUCGGCAGCUGCUCGGCGUCCCCAGCGUGGACUACCUGGCCUCCUCCUCCUCUUUCCACCAUUACGCCCCGCCCCCCCGCCCUCCGAGGUACAUGUUCGACCUCUACAAGAGACUGUCGAAGGACGGGGGCACGUCCCUGCCCAGGCACGCCAACACCGUCAGGAGCUUCAAGCCACGAACAGAUGACGACGAAGACAUGCUGCUCUACAACGUCUCCGCCGUAGCCAGGGAACAAGUCCUGGGGGCGUGGCUCCACCUCAGGGGAAGCUCGGGCAAGAGCCGCCUGGCCCCUCGCCUCAGGCCCUCCAGGAUACUCGUCUACCUCUUCCCCGAAGUCUCCGGCAGUAGGUACCCGAGGCAGCCGGCUCCCGUCAUGACGCAUACUCUAGCUCCUCACCAGCAGGAGAUUGAGCUCACCCGGGCCGUCAAAGAGGUGGUGGAGGACUCCGAGAACGGCCGCUUCAGCUGGGGGAUGAUGGGCUUGCGGGUGGAGGAGAUGAAGCGCGGGCGCUACGUGCCCCGCUCCCCGGAGAAGAUGGCACGGCGACCCCCUCUGCUCUUCGUCUACAGCAGCGACCCGACCUUGCUCGACCUGCAGGCGCUGGGGGCAGCCGCCCUCAACCUCAGUAGCAAGGCCACCCAAGGGCAGCACUCCUUGUCCCGGUCGGCUCAUCUGAAGAGGUAUACCAGGGGCACUGAUGACGGUGACGCCGAUGCUCUGAAUGCAGAGCGCAACAAGCGAGCCAUAGAGUUCGGCGCCUUUGAUGACGACGAGAUGGAAGAUGAUGAUGAAGAAGUGGAAGACGUGGAAGGAUACACUGCAGAGGAGGAGGCAGAGGAUGAGGAAGAGGAGGAGGAGGAGGAGGAGGAAGAAGAAACCAGGAGAGAAGUAGAAAGUUCAUCCUCCUCCUCCCACCGGCAACGCAACCGUCACCACCCACUUCUCACCAACGAACUUCCUCUUCUUCCCAAAGCAUUCCCAACUGAACGGAAGGCCGAGGAGGGCGGCGAGACGACAGCAGCACCCACCAAACGCCACAGAAGACGCAGGAGGAAGCACCACAGGAAGCGCGGGAAGGGCGGCGAGGACGACAACCUGAUCCCCUUGCCGGAGAACUACUCCAAGGUGAAGUGGGGGGAGACAGAGAGGCGGAGGAAAAACAAGAGGAGAAGAAGAAACAGGAGGUUGCCUGACGACUGGAUGGCCGCUGCUCAGAACACCCUCAGCAACGAUGCAAACUCCGUUCAUUUCGGGGCCGGCCCACCUGGCGGGACCACUUCGUCCCGUCCGUGUGGCAAGCACAAGUUGGAGGUGAAUUUCAAAAGCCUAGGAUGGGACCACUGGAUCGUAGCCCCAGCCAUCUUCGACGCUUACUACUGCGCAGGGGUGUGCCCGAACCCACUCACCAAGCCAAGCUGGCGAAGUGAGAAGUUAUGUCAAAUGAGCGGGAGCAACCACGCGAUCAUCCAGUCCAUGAUCUACUCCAUGGGUCUCCGUCCGGAAGUUCCAGCUCCCUGCUGCGUUCCAGAGAAGCUGGACGGACUCACAGUCCUGUCCAUGGACUCAGACGAGCGCUUCAUCCUCAAGACCUACUCGAAGAUGGUCGUCAUAUCCUGCAGCUGCCAGUGAAGAAGAAGAAGAAUAAGAAGAGGAGCAGGAGAAGAAAGGAGGGAAGAGAUGGUGAGGAAGGAAAAGGAAAGACAAAAAUAAGCUGAAAGAGCUCAGAAACGUUGACUGAAGAGGGCUUGAGAGGUGCCGUUGCAGAGACAACAUCUCUGCCUACCAACCGAACACUAGGAAACAAUAGCUCAAGAGGUGCUGUUGUAGAGGCAGCAGCACCUCCAGCCCAACCAACUGAAGUUAGGAAAAAUCUAGAAAUAAAAGUCUGUAAAUUGAGCCCGGGGGCAUAUUCAUGAAAGCUAGCGUGUCCUCAGAGGAGCUACUUAGACUCGCAGGUUUUACGAUCAGCUUCUAUCUUUCUUAUCUCACGACUGCCAGACUUCAUUCGCGACUCCUUAGGUAGAUAUGACACUAUACUCUGUUUUCUGGCAUCCUUUAGAAUCGUACUGCCAAAAUGAGCAAGAGGUAGCCUGCCAUUGCCAGUGGUAAAGGUGGUGUGACAUGCAUCCAAUCACAUGGUACCCCAGCUUUGCCACCAGUACUGGAUGCUUCAGUGCAAAGUUUGGUGGCAGAACAUUAAAAGACUGUCUUGAUUCAUGUUGUCUAGUCCUACGUCCCAGCUAUGACUGACUGUUCUGAAGAAUCCUAUGUAGUUUCGUACUCCCUGAGGUGCUGACGAGGAAGAAACUAACACCAAGCAGUCGUUGUUAACUCUAGGAACUUGACCAAUACAUGAAUUCAAGGGAAGUCGUCACUUUAGAAAUUUGGCAAAACUAUGCCCCCUUCCAUCAAAUACAUUCAUUCAAAGCGCUGCUCUGCUAAGAAGAGAAGUUGUUAACUUUAAGAAUUUGUCAAAGCAAGUGUCUUUCAAAAGCUGGUAGGAUAACUUGGGAAAUGCUUAUGCCUUCAAGCACGUCUUUUAGAUAAAAAGGGGAGUCAUUUUUGGAAAACUAAAAUCAGUGAUAUGAAGAGCAUAAUUCAGAGAAUUUUAAUCAAAGUCUAUGAAAUGGCCAAUCAAAUUAUUACACAUAGGGUCACUUACAAAAUAACCUACUGAAAGAAAAUUAUAUAUUAAAAGAUGUGAGUAAUACCCGACAAUGAGUUUGGUCUCGAACGAAUGAACUGAUUAGCAAAAAAUCGAACUUAGGUUCAAACCUUGUUAUUUAGAUAAUACUGAAGGAUCAGAUUCCUUUAAAUAUAAUUUCACGCCCCAUUUAACAAAGGUUUUGAUGCCCUCACAUAAUUGCCCAAUGCCAAUCCAAUUUCCAAAGAUUUCUCUUAGAGAGAGUGAGUGGCAGAACCUGACAUUAUUCGUACAACUGUCAUGUGUACAGUAAAGGCCAUGAAAUCAGAAAUAAAUCAGUAUGAUAAAGGAGGAAAUGAUAAAUAAUGGCGCCUCUUCACCUUGAAAGUAAUGCCCAUAGAAUCAGAAGUAAAUCAGUAUGAUAAAGAAGUAAGUGAUAAAUAAUGGUGCCUCUUGACCUGGAUCAGGGCGGGGCACUGGGCAUGGAAAAUACCCAAGUUAUUCACGAACUAUAAUAACUUGUUUAAU